UGUUGACUGAGCCAACGGAAAGCAUCGAAAGCAUUCGCGUCCGUCCGCUGACGGACGUCCGACAGCUGAGCGAAGCCGCGAGUCGCCGACGGCGGGCCCGGCCCGGGGAGGGAGCGUCUCCGUUGGUCUGCUGCUGCCCCCCCCCCCCACCCCCGCCGUUGCCCGGGAGAGAACACGCACGUACGGGUGUCAUUGGACACGCGAGAGUUGUCUGGACCAAUGAGAGCCGGCGCCGGGGGACGGGGGGCCGGGAAAGGGGGCCAAGUGUCACUUGACCCACAAAGAAACGUCCAGACGCUCGGGGAGGAACCCGGACCCCGAAACUGAAGAAAAGAGAAAAGAACCCGACUGGCCCCGAGAAGAUCCGAGCAGGUAAGCGGUCAAACCAGAGCAUCGCGUCAUCAACGACGCCGUCACCUUCCCGGUCAUUCGGCUCGACCGUUGCCGAGCCGCGACCUCACAAGCGUAAAGCGCCGGUCUGCCGGCCCACUUUGGGGUCCCGACCCACCUGUUGAGGACCGCCGCCCAAAAAGUCUGCCAGCGCACUUGUGGCCUUUUUUUACGCCCACGUGUCGCUCGCUGGCUCGGCGGGGGAAGACAAAUCUGGACAGCUGCGCGGCCAUUUUGAAGUUGAUCCUUCCGACGGGCUUACUUGUCGAGCGAGCGCCGUUCUGGUCACGCAAGGGUGCGUUCGCCCCGUCUUUGCGGAGCCGCGGCGGCAUUGUUACAUGGUGACCAUUUCACGGUCCGCUUUGUCCUGCCGCAGGAUGUCGUCGUGGGGACGGGGCGGAGGGUCGGGUCGCCGGCUACCGGACGACGCGAGAAAAGCGCCGGAACCUUCCGUCGUGGCUCAGGCUGAAAGUGAAGACUUUCAGGAGUUCAGCCCGACGCGCCUCGGACGUUCCGGCUCGCGGCUCGACGCCGCGCUCGCCGGUUGCGUGUCCGCCACUUCCGGGACAAAACCCAACCAAAGGAGUUGGGCUGAAGAGCAACAAGAGACGGCAAGAAGUCCGCGGCUCCGAGGCGCCGGUGACGGGAUGACGUCACUGGACGACAUCAUCGCCCCGCCCCCUCGGUUUCGAGACCCGUCCGACGGCGAUCGAAGUGAAAGCGAGGAAGCCUCGUCCGCCCGUGGCUCCUCCUCCUCCUCCUCCCGGAUGGCCGGGCGGGAGUGUGGCUCCGCCCCCCUUCCGGCAGACGGGGUCGUGUCCCUUCGUCCUUAUGUGACGCACGUCAUCCAGCGCCGCCUGCUGGACUGGAGGGCGAGCGCGCAAAGCAACCGGGGCUUCCUCUUGCACCACCAACUGCGUCCCGUGACGGGUCGGUACCGAGAGGGUCGCGAGUACGCCGUGUUGCAUCACAUCCACAGCGGGGCGUACGGAGACGUCGUGCGUGUGCGCGACUGCAGCACGCGGUUCACGUGUGCCGCCAAAAAGGUCCCCGCCAGUCGCUUCCGCGAGGAGGAGUUGACGUCGUGGAGCCUGGCGGCGGCGUCGUCGCCGCGCGUGGUCCGCCUCUUUGGCGCCGUUCUUGAGGGUCCCCACGUGGUGCUCUUCAUGGACCUGAAGCCAGCCAGCCUGGCUCAGCUGCUGGCGGCGAGCGGCGCGCUGCCCCGGGAUCUGGCCCUGCACUACCUGUGGCAAACUCUGGGGGCGCUGCAGCACCUGCACCACAGGAACGUCUUGCAUCUGGAUGUCAAAGCGGACAACGUGCUGCUGUCCGCCGACCUCAGCAAGUCAUUCCUGUGCGACUUUGGACUUUCUCGCGUGCUGGCCGACAGCGAGCGCAGCGCGAAAGGCAUUAUGGGAGCGGCGUCCUUGGCGGGCACCGAGACUCACAUGGCGCCCGAGGUGGCGCUGGGCGCGGGGGCGAGCGCCAAGGCGGACGUCUGGAGCGUCUGCUGCAUGCUGCUGCACUUGCUGAACGGACGACAGCCGUGGCUGGGACGCUACGCGCCGCCGCUGUGCCUCCACAUCGCCACGCAGCCGGCGCCGCUGUGGGAGGUGCCGCCCGGCUGCGACCGGGCCACGCGACGCGUCUUCCGCGGCGGACUGCGCAAAGAUCCCCGCAGACGCGACUCGGCCGGACGACUCCGCGGGAAAACUGCAAUCGCGCUCAAAGCCGCUGGGGGUCUGAACGGCGCCUCGAUCCGGAGGGCCCGCGAAAAACUGUACGGGUCCGGGACCGCGAAGGCCCGCCUUCUCGAGCCCGCCGCCGGCCUCUCUCCCGCGAUAUGCUGGGUGAGCCCCUGGAGGACGAGGGCGGCCCACGAGGACGACGACGAGGACCCGGAGGAGGAGGACGAGGACCCGGAGGAGGAGGACGACGACGAGGACCCGGAGGAGGAGGACGACGACGAGGACCCGGAGGAGGAGGACGACGACGAGGACCCGGAGGAGGAGGACGACGACGAGGACCCGGAGGAGGACGACGACGAGGACCCGGAGGAGGACGACGACGAGGACCCGGAGGAGGAGGACGACGACGAGGACCCGGAGGAGGACGACGCUUAUGUCGGAGAGGAGGACGCCCUCUACGGGGAGUACGAGGGGGACUGCGAGGACGAGGGUGAGGAAGCGUCCGCACGAUACCUUCGGGAUCUGCUGGAGGUUUUCCCUCUGCUGCGAAGAGGCCGGCAGACGGGCGGCGCCUGGGGGGGCUCCGAUGGCCAGUUGGAAGAACUCCGAGACGGUGCGGUCCUCAGGGGUGACACGCGGACCCCCUCGCCCGAGCCCCGAGACCACCCCCCCUCCUGCUUCAGCAGCUCGUCACGGGCCUCGGACUCGGAGCGCUCGUCCGAUGACGUCAGCUCGGGGGUCCCCUCGUCCUGCGGGCGCCUCGUGAAGAGUUCAGCGUUGGCACGCGAUCCCCCCUCGCCCGGCUUUGAAGCGUCGGGCGUGGACGUCUGGAUCGAGGACGCUCGGGGGGAGCGCGUGAGGAUUCGCGAACGCCAGCGAGUCCGAGUCGGUCACGUGGCCGUCGGAAUCGGCCGGCAGGUGACGAGCGCGCUCGAGCCCCGCGAGACGUGCCGCCAACAGCGCCAAUCUCGGCGAGCGCCUUCACCUUGGAGACACUGGACAGGAAGUCGGUGUCCUUCCGGCGGGAGAUCUGCGAGUCAUCUUUGUGGCUCCGGUGCGUGGCCGCGCCUGACUCGUGUCCGCGAUGGACCUGGCGAGUUCGAGACGGCGAACUGGAAGUCCGACAAUGACCCGGACCCGCGGGAACCGUGGCGGAGGGCGGCGUCUCCCUCGGCCGUCGGCAAACGCGGAGUCGGACGCUAGCCGCGGUCCGGGCUUGUCGGGCCACCUGCGCUUUCCGGACGCUGGCGUGACCCAACCGCUCUAAAUUUCUUUCAUCAGUUCCUCUUUUUUUCUUUAUGGUCCGUCCACUUGUACUUUCGGGGAGUUCUCCGGCACUCGUUCCAGUCACGCUAGCUAGCGCAGCUCAAUACUGCGAAUGCAGCGCGCCCUUUUCGAGCAGCGUGCCCACGGUGACGCUAAACUAGCAGGGCGACGGUCAUCAGCGUAUUCCGUUUAUGGCGAAGGCAAGAAGAACAAAAAGGACAAGGAUGGCGGCGCAUUGUGUGGGUACAGUUGUGUACGAUACCGUACAAUCACAUCAAGGUGGAUGGGAGUGACCUUCCUGAGGUCAAAUUAUUUUGAUUCUGUAGUGACAGCGCAAAAGCUUGCGUUGACAAAAAGUACAAAAAAACGUUCUGACUUCAUUUGAGUGUCCACGCAUCGCCCUUGAUAGGAAGCGCAACAUGGCCGCCAUGUCGGUUAGCUGGGCUGCCGCGUAACAUCUUCACGUGUCUAAUACUGCCUCCGUGGCGGGGAAUGAGAUCCACUGGACAAAUGUCGUUAUCACGUAACAGAGAACAGGAGAAGAGAGAGAAGCCGUGCUAACCGCUAAGCUAUGGUGAAAAGUGGUCGCGCAACCCCGGAACGGGUUCUUGGGUUCUUGGGUGCUCCGCUAAGCCUCCCUGGAGCGAAAAGCCGAGAGCAGACGACUGUCAGCGGCAAAUUAUCGGGUGGGCGUCUCCGGAGAAGCGAAUACAACAGCUACGCCGAAAGGCUGGAGUACGUUAGCGCACGUCAGCCAAGAGCAGGGGCCCGUCGGGUCGAAAGGAUAUGACGAUAUCGUACAUUAAUAUUUCAGAUAUCAGCCGUCUAUGUUUAUUUGCACACUAGAAUGCUGAAUUUUGAUUUGAACUUGAAAGAUCUGCACAAUAAAUGUUGUCAAAGGGACAUAA